UAAAUAUUCACUUUUUAGAGACUGGACACCAAAUGUAAACGUAACGCUACAAAGAUAUGUAUAUGGAUGUUUCGAUUACAUUGUGAUCCUUAUUACUUGGGAAAUGUUGGAAGAACGAUUGCAUUUAGAGUUGGAAAAUUUGAAAACUGAUGUAAGCUGUAACAACACAUACUGACAGUGUUACCAUAUUUAAUAGCUGACAGCAACUGUUCAGCAGUUAGAUGCCAAAACUCAGGCUGUUUCGAUUUUAAAUGCUUCACUUGAGAAAUGCCAAAAGGAAAAGAAUGAAUUUAAGAGGAUGGCAGAACAGGUAAUGAAUCGAUACCAGAUACUUAAACGAACUCUUGCGGAUUGUGACAAUGAUGAUGAAUAUUCUAAUCCUGAUAUGGUACAUUUAUCGACCAAACAGCUUGCAUCAUUAUUGGUCGAAAGUCGAGAGGCUAACAAAGGCUUGGAACGCGAAUUAAUGAGCUCAAAAGAGAAAAUUGAAGAGCUAGAAGGUGAUAUCAAAGUAAUGCGAAAACAACUUAGAGAUGUUUCAUUGGAAAAUCGUUCAAGAUCGGAUCCUAAAGUUUCGGGAGAUGAUCGUCAAACUUAUGUAACACAGUUAGAGGAUCUUACUUUCCAGCUUUCAGAGGUGAAACGUGAACUGAGCAGAUGUCUUGAUGAAAAGCAGGAAAUUACAACAGAAAGAGAUAUCUAUCGUAACAAGUGUGACAGACUUAACAAUGAAUUAAAUUAUAUUUUAAGUGGAGAUGAACGAAAGAUUGUAGAUAUUGACACUUUGAUUACUGAAAGCAAAAUACUGAAAGAUCGGAUUGAGUUAUUGGAAAAAGAAAAGUCCUUAGCAUUAAAUACAAUAACUAAAUACAAGAAACUUUUGGAUCGCAAAGCAUCGAAAAACUCAUCUGUUAGUAGUGAGAGUUGUAUCACACCAGCUACUUCUCCUAAACAUCAAGACGUAAAUUUCACCUAGAUUAGACUUUAAUCAGAGGUCAUAACUUCUGCAAUGGGAUGAUCCAGCGUCGUGUGAUCCACUAAUAUGAAGUUCUGGUAAAGAAUCUCUUCAAGAGAAAGGAGACUUGAUAAAUUCUCUUUAUUAAUACAGGAUAUCGUAUAGUGAUGAUAGAUUGUAGCUACCAAUGGAAUCCAAGUUGUACGUUUCGCCACAAUCAGGAGUUGUCAGUUGAAUAACCAUGCCUUCCAAGAAUACAAUACAACAAAUUUUUGCCUUAGAUAAAUUUAAAACAAAUUUCACUUAAAUCAUUUAUCAUCUGCAUAUCUAUGUUAAAUUUUGUUGUGAUCCUUUAAAGUUUCUAUGAAAUAGUACUGUGAUAUAUCAUUGUUUGACUGGUGUUUCCAGCUUGUUUUCUUAGAAAGUUUAAUUAUCACUUCUUUCGCCUUACUGUGUUUAAUUUUUUGUAAACAACAUUUCUACCUGUGUACAUGUUAUAAAUGCAUUUAAGGAUCUGUACGACUUUGAUACUACAGGUCGUGUUACUAUAUUCAUUAUUUGUAAAAAAACAAAAGCUGAAUUUAUUUCUUUUCUGCUUAGUUUUCUGCGUUUCUUUUGUACUUGUUCUUUUUUUGUGUUUUUCAAAUAGUAAUAAUUAUAUCUG